UGUGUGAGACUCCAUUUGAAAGGCCGAGCAAAAUUUAGCAAACUUUCCACGAUUUUAUCAUUUAAUGUGAAAGAGGGCUUGAUAAACUAUUAGAAAAAACAUACUGAUCAAGCUCAGGAUGUUAUGCUAUAACAUUUUUCAUGUUUUUCAUGGGUGCUUUGCAUGUUUUCCAGUAGCAUACUUAAAAUACUGAACAUUCUAUAAAGAAAAUGAAUAUGGAUGGCAGCAUAUUACACGAUCCACACCACUGUAAACAUGGCUGAACAGAAUGGCUGCCACUACAUUCAUGUGACAGACUACAAAGUUGUUCUCCACUCCUGAAACUGGGGUACAUAAUGCUUACUCUGCAUAAUAAAGGGAGGGUUUGUAGUGUAUGAAUUCAAAAACUUUUAUAUAAAAAAACCCCUCUAUUGCUAGUUUGCUCAGGAAAUAGGUCUUUGGGUGGGUGGGGUGAUUUUCCAGUGUCUGUGAUUAAGAGACUGAAAUAAUGCUGUGCAUGUUUCUCAUCUUACCUGCUGUGCCACAAAUAGUUCUAUAACUUCUUUAAUGACUGAGCCUUUUUGCCUUGGGUUCGAUAACUAAAGGCUCCGCCCUAAAACGGGUGGAUUAGAUUGAAAUCUCUGAUUAUUCACUCAGACAUAGUCUUAGACACAGGUCAUCCAACUAACUCAGUUGCUUUUGAAGGUAUCAUUGUAAUGCUUAUCCAAUUGAAUUGAGGUUUGUAAAUAUGAAAAGGGUUGAUUACAAUUGCAAACAGCAUAUUCCCUAAAUAUUAAUUACAAGGCACUGCAUGCAUGAUAUUAUUAUUGGGCGCUGAGCCCCCCUAAAACUUUGAACCUAGAAUCGCGCCUGCCUCGGUUAUUUUGGACUUGUCAUUAAACUGGGAAAAGAAACCAAAAAAAGGAAAGAAAGAGAGCGAAGGAAAAUACGCUGCCUCCUUAUCUGAACGGCGCCUGAGGGCAGGGGUACAUCUGACUUCCUUCACUAAAGCCGUUGCCAUGGACAACCGCUGCGUUGUCACUAUGCGUUGCACUCCUGAAAAUCACUGAGUGACUCUGAAGUUAAUGGACUAUAAAGGCUGCAGAAAGCUGUAAGCUAACCUUCAUCUGGGACGAAAGAGACAGAGCGAAGGCGGUAAAUGUUUUCCAGGGAAACUAUUCCAGCAAAGUCUGACCCAAAAGGCAACAUGUCAGAAAAGAGUGUUUGUAACCCAACCUGUGAUGACGAAAACAUUUCAGAGAAAGAACAGGAAGAAGUCCUCGUCUUUGAGACUGAACUGUUGUCCAGCACCGAUUCAUAUGAGGAUAUUAAAGUGCAAACAGAUGACAGUGCCUACUACGUCACAUGGACAGUUUACAUAGCUCUAGCUGUUCCACAGGGGGAAGUCAGUGCUCCUGAAGAUUCUGAGAAAGCAAUGAAAACAAAGAAUGUGUCGGUCCACAAAGCUCAGAGCUGCUAUCAUAUUGAAUACAAAUUGUUGCCAGGUGAUACUGAGACGGUUAAAGUGGACAUACUAGUAUUUGGGCCGGCAGCAAAAAUAUACAGAGACGACGAGUGCAAGAUUCUAAGAACGUGGCUUGAGGGAGAUCAGAUUUGGGUUGGCUGGGCCCAGAGGUUUAACAUCGGAGUCAGCAGGGAUGUGCUCAUCAGUCUGCUUCCUCAUAAGAUCAGGCUUCAGAUUUGGAACACUAAAGAUAAACUGUGCAGCCAAGCCCGCUACGAAAGAGUCAGAGCCUUCAGACUGUCACAGGAGCUGUCUGAGGAUGACACAGAGCGCGGUUGUAUUGAGACGAUGGUGAACAACCUGAGGAGCCUGUAUGAAAAGAAGACAAACACAUCUAAAAGUCAUAGAAGCAAUUUUUGUGUUGAUCUCAGUCCAGAUGUGGGAUCAGAAACAGGUUUUGAAAAAACCACAAGUGAUUCUCAUGACCUCGAGGCCAUCAGAAACAGUGGCACUGCAUCGUUUGAAAUCACCCCUGUUUGUUUGUUGGCAGGUGAGAACUCACUGACUGAGAACAUCCCAGUCUGUUCUUCGGGGGUUUUUGAGAUCAUCUUCAACAUUUCUCUGGAUCAAUCACUGAUGUCAGACCAACUGAAGGCUGAACUCAAUCCACUGGUUAUUACAAUUUUGUCAGCCACUUCACUGCCUUCAUCGUCAGUGCCUUUUCACGUCCUGCAGGAGAAUUGUAUGCCCGUUUAUUGCCAGUAUAAGUUCCAUAAUUUAAAUGAACACAGGACAAACUAUCACAAGCAGGACACCAACAUCUACUUCAGAGAUGUGAAUGUAAUCUUGACUGGUCUGAUGAGUCGUAAAGAGCUGUAUGAGUUCCUAUCUGGUCCACCUCUAGAGAUAGAGGUUCAUGAUCGUGACCAAAAAUCGGAAGCGCUGAAAACGCAGACACUUGGGACUGCGUCAGAGCAUGACAUCCAGUUCGGUGGAUCGGUAUUACAGCAGAAGUCUUCAGCCAUUAAUCCUCAUGGUAUUGCAAAACUAAACCUCUCUGAGCUACUGCUGGGGAAGAAAAGUCUAAAGGUGCGCUUGCCAAUUAAAUGCAGCCCUUUGCUACUGGACAGGGAGCGAAGCCCACACAAGAGGAAGAUGUCAGAGAAGCCAAUGCCACAAGGCCAUUAUUAUGCUGCCAAUUCUCAACUUAAAGUCAAAGUCGAGAUAACUUGCCCACUCAGUGUUCAGAAUGACAGCUGUGAUGAAGACUCCUGUAAGGGUCCGUUUGGCCGCAUUGUCUACCUCUUUGAAUACAGCAACUCCUCUGCGAUGACCAAGCUGAGGUCCGAGAUACUGCGAAUCAAUGCGGCAGCUUUCCAUCUGGGCUCACGCUCAGUGGAAAACAUAGAGACAGCCCUGUCAAAUUGCCAAAUGAAUUUCAAGCACAGUGAGACCAAGGAUCUGGAUUUUGUUUCAGGGUUUCAUGUGAUAGAUAAGAAGACCCAAAUCUUUGUCCUUGAAGGGCUCAAACAAAAAGCAGUGAAGAGACUCUGGGAAGCCAUUCCUAUGAAGCUAAGUGGGAGUGAGGAGGAGCAGGUGACAGUGCUAUAUAAUUCAAACCUGGCUUUCUUCAGACGCAUCUAUGACUCACUAGAAAUGAGCCUGAGUCCUAUCCAUCUGAGUCAGUCACUGGAGACCAUCAUGAAAAAGUCUCAGAUCUACAUUAUAGGCACGAUCCCCCAACCCUGCUUUCAGGCUUUGUCAAGGUUAAGCCAGCUUUGUCAAGUGAAGCAGCUUAAAGAGGUGGUGGAGUACAACCUGUUCCCCUCAGCUGACAUGAUUCUCAGCUUGAGCAGUGUAUUUGGUUUAUAUGCUGAGAAGAGGGAGCAAAAGGUUUGGGCAAACACUGAAGGGAGCAUUCCCACUCUGCCUAUCAGGAUGAAAAGACAUGGGCCCAUCAGCACACAUAACACAGAGUACAUCACAUGGAAACAGAACAGGCCUCUCCAACAGCUGAAAGACUUUGUUCAGGAAAAUAUUAAAAAGGUGCAAGAGCAGAGAGAGCAGUUGCAGAAGCCAGAGGCUGCAGUGUUAAGGAUAGACGUGGCUGCAGGAAGAGCAGCACACAACUACAGCAUCCAGACCUUCAACUCAAAUGAGCGAGCUAGGGAACUGCUCUGCAAAGAGAUGGCCAAGGUACCUGGGCGCAGGUUUACCUACAGUCAAUGGUAUAACAGUGCAACAGUGGAACCGGGAGACAUUCCAUGGAAAACCAAUGCUAGAUCUUCUACAUCUACAUUUUGGAAUAUUAGCACGAGCAAGUCCAAAGUGCACCCUAACCACCCAGAUGAAGCUCGUGUGGAAGAGCUGAGAAAGCCGUGGAGGGAGAACAUCCUACAUGCCAACACACUGAAACCCACACUUUCACGGGACACAUGGCCCUGGACUCAACGCUCGGAGGACUUUGAGCUCUACAGGAAACCUCCCCGAUUCUUCAGCACCUCUCCCGUGACCAUCUACCUGGCUGGAGAUCGUCUACAGCAGGAGCAGCUCCAAGCAGCCAGAGCUCAGUACAGCCGCUGGAAGAAGCAGCUACUUCCUGACGGCAGCAACGUUAACUCAGCAGACAACAGCCCCGUCCAACAAUUCAAGUGUCACAUGAAAGGAAACCUGGAGAGAACUCAGGAUAUACUGAAAGAUCUGCCAAAGAAAUAUUCACUGAGGAAACCAGGCAUGAUGCUUAAGGUACAGCAUUUCCACUCAUUCCAAGUGGCACUCAGAAUUCAGUACAAAGGAGUACAGCUCAACAACAUGAAAAGCCUUCAGAAUAAACAUGCAGACAACUAAAACUGAUCAUUAAGGGAAAGUUAAGGUCAGAACUCUUGUAUGUGACUAGAUUAGCUUAAGCUAGAAGCACUUAACAAACGAGCAGCUAGGUGUGUGUAUUCAUGACUAUAAAAUGUUUAUUUAUUUAUUUCACAGACCUGCAUUUGUGUGUUUAUUCAAGGUCUACAAUAAUACUCUUAAUGACAAACGGAUUGAUAAUCAAGAUUUUUAUAUUAUUAUUGGAUAAAUCUUUUAUAUUUCAGCAACACACAUCCAUAAACUGUACAGGUGUAAUGCAUGAACACUCAAUGAAUCUAAUAGUAAUAAAAUACUACUUCCUAGAGUAUUUAAAAGUAGAAUGAGAGGCAGAGCCUUCAGUUUUCAGGCCCCUCUUCUAUGGAACCAGCUUCCAGUUUGUAAUUAAGGUAUUUUUUAACUUU